UUCUAAUAAAAUUAUAUUAAAGAUGACUUCUCCAACAUGAUUUGUGAUUGAUUUUGAUGGUGUUAAUUGGCAGUCUAUGGCUAGCCAAAUUCAUCUGACAAAUAAUCACCCCCUAAAUUCACAAUCUAACAAAUGUGAUCAAGAAGUCCCAAUUGAUGAAGAAGUUGCUACCAGCAACUUAGUGAAAAAUAUCAUAAAAGGUCUCCAAGGCACAAUUGAAUAUGUACUGUUUUACUUUCAAUUUAAGACAAGACACUCUCAAAAGAUUUUAACUGAAAUCAGAAAGCAACUUUGAGAAGAAGAGAAGCUAUCGGAUAAAAUUAUAUCAAAAAGUGAGAAUUUAAGCACACGCCAAGGAGAAGCAAGAAGUCCUGUUGAACAAAGGCUCAAGAUUAUCUUUGGAAUGCAGCAUCUGUUCUUUGAACUUGGACGUCUCUUCGAAAACUCUUAUAAUACUGUAGUUUACUCCAAUAAUUGCCACUUCUUUCAAAGGAACUAUAUUCAAAGUAUUACAGAAGAAUCUAAGAAAACUGGUAGACAGUUGAUUUCUCAAAGGAAGAUUUCAUGCUUACUAGGUGAUCUCAAGAAUCUUGAAUUGGAAUUGACUCUGGAAAGCGACAAAGAUCAGACAUACUCGAAGGUGCAUAAAGAGAAUAUUGAAGAUACUAAAGAAAAGGAUAUGCAAUCCUUGAGCACUAAGCCUGAAAUAAACCAAACUAUGAGUAGAGAGUUUUCUGACAAUCCAGUGUUUAUUGAUAAUUUUAGUGAUGCUUCUAAGUCAACUAAAGCUACCACCAUUGACAGCGCUACCUCAAAGAAUAUUAUGAUGGAAAUGAAUCGAAAUUUUAAAAGAGACCAUGCACUCAGAAGUUCUUUGAUAGGACUUCUUGAAAAGCUUCCCAAACACUUUAAUAAAGUAUCUGAGAAUGAAUCUUUGAAAUUUAUUAAUGCUCUUGAGAAUUUAGUAUGCCAACACUUGAACAAAGUAGAGAAAAACAAGAAGAGCAAGAUGACUGAAGCAGAGAAAGAACAAUACUUUCUCUUUGUUAGAGACUAUCUAGUAAAACAUAAAGUUACAAAUGGAGUUAUCCUUGAUAUGUGGUGCAAAUCUAUAUAUGGAAACUCCAAAGAAAAAAUGGUCCAAAGCCAUAGUGUCAAGUUUGAUUUUGGGCAGCUGGAACUCUUGAUACAAAGCCUCAAGGCUUCUAAAGAGAAAUUUACACUGAAAGGCUAUAAACUCAAGGGUCAUAUCAAUGUCUAUGGAUGAAUUUGAUAUACAAUCAUUAAAAAAAUGCUACAGGAUGACUUGAACCAACAAGAAAAGCCAAUCACAACAACUAGAAAGCUGUGUGACAACAUUCAUAGCACGAUUAAGAACUACUACAAUAGUAAGAGUAUAAGUAAAGAUCAAAAGACUCUACUGAAAACAGACAGCAAAAUCAGAUACAUAGUUGCAGAGAUCUUCAAAUACAGAGGAAUUUGGAAACAAGAAGAGGAAAAGUUUAUCAUCAAUACCUCUAUGAUAGAGAAUCAGCUAAUUGAGUUCAACAAGUAUGAGUCAGCUAAAGUUGUGAGCUACUUGAUUAAAGAUAUUAACAAGGCGAUUGUAGAAUAAAAA